ACAAACCGCGAAAACAUGAUUUCUUCUCCUCUCUUUUAAUCGGAGCAGAGUUGUUGUAGUCUGAGGGUGAGAGCAGUGAGGAUCUGUAGGUUGGAAGCAGUGGUGGCAGUUGAGGAUAGUGUCAAAGCUACGGGUUGCCCAAAGAUUGAGCCUUCAGAUUUGCGACCCUCGUUCUUGAAUUGAUCAGAGCUCGGAAAUACUCGUCGGAGGAGGCUAAAAUGGCUAUACAAUUGGCUGAUUUUUCUUGGGCGGUGAUGGUGCCGAAGAGCACUAGCAAAAUGAUGAUCAAGUUUCUACUUGUACUGCUCAUCAGCCUCUCAACCGUUCUGGCGGAGGGAAACGCAUGCAAUCCGAUGGACCUGAAAGGGCUGACUGAUUUCAAAGCCGCCAUCCACAACGACAUUGGCAACCGCCUAGCAUCGUGGGUUGGCCACCGUUGCUGCAUGUGGAAAGGAAUAACUUGUGAUAACAGGACCGGCAGAGUUACCGAAAUCAAUCUACCAGCUUCGAGUUACGGCGCUCGCCUGGAAGGCUCUCUGUCUGCUUCCGUAACUCUGAUAUCUUUCCUUCAAGUCCUCGAUAUUGGUGGCAACCCUGGGCUUGUUGGGGAGAUUCCACAAAGUCUUGGGAGUCUUAAGAAUCUGUUUAGGCUGUCUUUGGUCUCCAAUCGGCUUUCAGGUUCUAUUCCUGAGUCAGUUGCAAGUUUGACAAAUUUGGUGUUCUUGGAUCUUCGUAACAAUUCUCUGACCGGUCACAUACCGCAGAGAAUUGGUCAGUUGCAGGCCUUGCUAGAUUUUGAUGUUUCAAGAAACCGUUUGUCUGGGAAGCUUCCACCUUCAAUGGCCAAUUUAUCAUCCGUUGUAACUAUAUGGUUGCACAAUAACUUUUUUGAGGGGCCAAUUCCAGUUUUAAAAAUGCCAUCUCUCAAGCUUUUAUUGCUCGCGAAUAAUAGUCUCACCGGAAGCAUACCAACAAACUUUGGAGAUUUGAUUGCGCUCCGAGAGGUUAACCUAUCGAACAACAAGCUUGAAGGAGCAAUCCCAGAAUCCUUGGGAAACUUGAGCAUGCUACUGGUGCUCGAGUUGCAGCAAAACCGCUUUUCGGGGAAAAUUCCAGACGAGUUUCUGAAGCUGGGGAAUCUGGAGGAAUUGAAUUUAUCAAACAAUCAUCUCGUGGGGAAAAUUCCAGAGGGCAAACCGCUCAGUGACUUUCCCAAGAGUUCUUACUCCGGAAACACAGGCUUAUGCGGAAAGCCUCUCACUCCCUGUAAGCCUAUCUAGUUGUAGGCCAGGCCGCCAAUAUAUGUAGCUAAAUAACCUUUAAACUUUGCUAUUAUAGUUUGUUUCGUACAUGCUCGGGGCUUACGGAUGACUACCUUGUUAGCAUUCAUGAUAUGAAAUUAUGAAUAUGAAAUUGAUUUCAAGAAACCAGUUGUUCUCAUAGUUUUCUGUUGAUGAAUCCCCUUGUUUAUGCAUCUGAUCAAUACAAGGCUGUGGCCACGGAAAAAUUAAAGUACA